AGCCAACUUUCUUAAAUGCAUACUCCUCACCACACACACACAGAAAUGGAAGCUGUGAGCGCGGUCAAGAUCAUUCUCGGUCUGGAAAUCAGUCUGAUUCUGUUUUAUGUCGGUGCUGCGGGCGAGUGUACAAUCUCUGUCUUUCAACCGUCUGUCCUCGAAGUGGACUACACUCAAAAGGCUGUGACCAUGCUCUGCACCUUCUCCACAGUGGAGUGCCCCCACAAGCAACCCAGCAACCUGUGGUUUCGCUAUGGAGCUCACCAGCCAGAGACCCUCUGCUUGGAUGGGUGCACAAGUGAGGCAGAUAAAUUUACAGUGAGGAAGGACCUGGCACAAAACCAGGUCUCCCUCACAGUCAACAGGUUGACAUCCAAUGACAGUGCCAUCUACAUCUGUGGAAUAGCCUUUUCCAGUUCACAGGACCCGAGGGCCAAGCAAACCGGAGCCGGGACUGUGCUGGUGGUGAGAGAAAUGAAAGGUCUAGGCAAGGAACUACAGGGUCUCCUGAUAGCUCUGUUAUCACUGCUCUCCAUCUAUGUUGCUGGUGUACUGAUGAUCUUCAUCAUCCUCUCCAAAUUAAAAUCUAACACUCUAAGAAGCAAAGAAACAGAAGAUUCACAAAAGAAAAAGAGUGUUAGGCGUAUUUUUCAGGAAAUUGCUCAAGAACUUUAUAAUAAGAAACACGUGGGAACAAGCCAACAACCUGAGAAAGACAACACUUAUGAAAACAGAAGAGCACUUGACAACUAUGAAAAACCAUAGAAAUGGUUUCAUUUUCAAUUAAGUCCUGAAAAUCCAGAAGUUAAUGGACAUACACCCAUCAGGGCCUUAAAAAUAUAAUCAAAGAUAAAUGGAAAAGACAACUGGCUACAAGUAAGAAUGCCGAAAUACAAGGAAACUACAACUAAUGAUAAUUACCAAAAUUCUAAAACGAAAUCAAACUGUAAAUAAUCUCCUAAAUCACUAAAAGAAUUCUAAGCAGUCUAACAUUUUCAAAAAAUUAUGUUUUUAUAAUAUGCAUCCUCUAUUUGUUUUAUUCAACAUAAGAGGUGUGUGAUGACUAUUACCCUGAUUUGAAGCUACACCACAUGCCUCAGUUGUGAGUGGAAGUUAUACAAGUGACAGGCCAAUUAGACUAAGUUGGGAGAUAAGGAAGAUGGAAGGGAGGGGGGAGAAAGAAAAGGAAGGAGGGAGGGAGGGAGGGAGGAAGAGAGAAAGGGAGGGAGGAAGGAAGGAAAGUGUCAAAACCUGAGCUAGAGAAAAAUCAUCUUGCAAAGUACCUUGGAGCAAAAAAUCAUCUCCUUUAGUACUGCCAUGGGCAAUGGUGCAGUGCACUCUCCUGCUGGGGUAUACAAAUGACUCACACUACACUGCCAACAAAAAGUGAGACUAGAAUAGAACAUAGUAAGAAGAUGGUAGCUAAAAUAUAGAAAAUCCAAAGCAGAAGGCUGAACAGAGAAAACCCCAGAACAAAUACACCACAGCCGACUCCAGAUGCCAGAAUUAUGCCCAAUAACCCCAGAGAAGGAGUGGGUGACAUCCUAUACUUGACAGUGUCUUUGCCAUAGUGAUUUGUAACCAACUUAGGAGGGAAGUAUCAGAUAAAGGGCUGAUCCAGGAAGAAUGUUUAUGGAACUCAUUAUCAUCUCACCAAGAAAAGAUGCUGUGGCUUGUUCUUUGAAAGUUAUUUCAGUGCAAAAAAUCUAUUUAAAAUAUUCACAAGUGCACAUUCAUUACUAAAUAUGAGUUACAACCUAUUAUUUCUACUUCAUUAAAGUGUUUCUUUUAAAAUGGCA